UGCAUCUGACUACAGAGUGUGUUGCGCUCGUGGCUGCGUUCAACAGGAGUCAAAAGACAACCGCGCGCCUAUUUUAUAACUUAAAGGCUAUUUAAUUCAUGAUAAAGAAGACUACAGAAUCCUUUAUUCGGUUCAUUUUGCGUCGAUAACCACAAUUUAUAAGUGACAUGUUUCCGUUUUCCGCUUGAGCGAAACACUCUCGCGCGCGUUUGGAACAGAGUGCAUCGCGCGCGGUCUCCAGUCCUCUUGAGAUAUUUUAUAUCAGAAGACUUCUUGACAUUUUCGCCAUGGCACAGCCACAGAACGGAUCUAACCUAACGGGGAACUUUACUAAUCAGUUUGUGCAGCCGCCGUGGCGCGUCGCGCUCUGGUCUGUGGCGUACAGCUCCAUCCUGGCGAUCGCGGUGUUCGGGAAUCUGAUCGUCAUGUGGAUCAUUCUGGCUCACAAGCGGAUGCGAACCGUCACCAAUUACUUUCUACUCAACCUAGCGUUUUCAGAUGCAUCGAUGGCCGCCUUCAACACUUUGAUUAAUUUUGUUUAUGCCACGCACGGUGACUGGUAUUUUGGAGAAGCCUACUGUAAAUUUCACAACUUUUUCCCGGUCACCUCUGUCUUUGCCAGCAUUUACUCCAUGAGCGCAAUAGCAGUCGACAGGUACAUGGCCAUCAUCCAUCCCCUGAAACCACGGCUCUCAGCCACGGCUACUAAGGUGAUCAUAGUGUGUAUUUGGAUACUGGCUGUGGUUUUGGCCUUUCCUCUGUGUUUCUUUUCAACCAUCAAAAAAUUACCCAAGCGGACCCUCUGCUACGUUGCCUGGCCGAGACCUUCAGAGGACCCUUUCAUGUAUCAUAUUAUAGUGGCUUUGCUGGUGUAUGUUCUGCCCUUGGUGGUCAUGGGAAUUACCUACACUAUUGUCGGGUUGAUGCUUUGGGGAGGGGAGAUUCCUGGAGACUCAUCAGACAACUAUCAGGGCCAGCUGCGAGCCAAAAGGAAGGUGGUGAAAAUGAUGAUCAUCGUAGUGGUGACCUUUGCCAUCUGCUGGCUGCCAUACCAUGUAUAUUUCCUCGUUACAGGGUUGAACAAGCAGCUGGUUAGAUGGAAGUUUAUUCAGCAGAUCUAUUUGUCGGUCAUGUGGCUUGCCAUGAGCUCCACCAUGUACAACCCCAUUAUUUACUGCUGCUUGAACAGCAGGUUUCGGGCCGGCUUUAAACGUGUUUUCCGCUGGUGCCCAUUUGUGCGGGUGUCAGACUAUGACGAGCUUGAGCUGCGGGCCAUGCGGCAUAAAGUAGCACGCCAGAGCAGCAUGUACACACUCUCACGAAUAGAGACUACCGUCGUAGCCGUUUGUGACCCCUCAGAGCCAACCAGCCACCCAGGCAGGAAGAGCCUUCACAACCACCAGCACAAUGGCUGCUCCAACCCCACCAAGAGCAAAGAAGAAAUGCAGAGCGACUUGAAGGAAGAAUUCUGCUGAGAUAGACCUUUAAUGUAAGAUUCAUACUGAAGUAUCAAGCAUACAGCCGUUUCAACCAAUCCUCGUUCUGUAAACUGGAAGGGAGUGAUUUAAAGUUAAAAGUUUAAUUGAUUAUGCUAAUAUAUAGCACAUAAACAGCAUCUUGAUUUAAAAAAAAAAGUGUUUAUGGAACAUGUCUAGUGCAUUUUGCUUUAAAAAAACAAAAAUAAAAUUGUGUCACCCUCAGCACUCAUCAUCACAAAGACCAAUAUUGUCCAACAUCUGAGGAGCACUUUGUCUUGUAAAAGAAAUUGUAGAUAGAGGCUCCCCUUUGAUGCCAAUCAGAUGCUGUUCUCUUUCAUCAUAUGGUUAGCAAGGUUAGCCGGCUACCUGCAUUCCAAAGUUUCGAUAUCUCCCAGGAGCUGAAUGCUCAGUUCUUGUUUGAAAAGGUUCAGACUGACUACAUCCUGAGUUUGGUAAAUGAAUAGGUGCGCUGCCAGCACACGAGUAGCUUGGCUGAAUCGUGUAGUGAAUUUUGUUAGCUUCAUAUUUGCUCAUUUCAUCUAAAGCAUCUUAUGUAAUUGAUGAGAUGGUAAAACAGUUGUACAGGUACAUCAUCUAAAUAGCAUAGAAAAGAUUAAUUUUGAAAUUUGACCUUGUUUUAGACAGAGGCUAUGGAUGGAAUAGCAUACCAGCAUAUUAAUGCUCUUUCAGUAUAUAUACAGAUUUUCUGUUUGCAUGGAAUAACUGGAUGACUUUUUUUUCUUUUUUUUUUUCUGCCAGAGUGGCAGAGAGAGUUAGAAAUUGUAAUCCAAAAAGCAAUGUGCAUUGCUAUUAAU